GCCAGUUCUGCGGUAACCUUAACAACCAACAGUGCUGUGCAUACGUUUUUUAGUGCCGUGAAUAAGAAAACAAUUUUACGACCAAACUAUUUCAAAAAGUUCCCGUAGUACCACAAUGUGUUAUUAAGUGAUAAGUGCGAUAUUUUUUGAACUAUUGGUACCAUUAAUUAAUAAAUUGUGUGCUGAAUAUGUUAAUAACUGAGGGAUCAGCAAUGGGCGAAAGGGUGGAACCGGUGGUUCCAGGACCGGACUUGGUCGGAGUUAAUGUGGAAAGACCCCCGCUCACGCAUCAACAAUCGACGGUGUGGAACAAAAGACAGCAGGCCGUUUGCGUGCGGCAUGCCUUUAAACAUUACGGAUCGAAUAAGAAGCCCAAUCAUGUCCUUAGCAACCUAAACAUGACUGUGGCCAAAGGAACAAUAUACGGUCUUCUGGGAGCAUCAGGCUGCGGCAAAACCACGCUACUCUCGUGCAUCGUCGGGCGCAGACGGCUGAACACCGGCGAAAUUUGGGUGCUGGGGGGUAAACCGGGAACGAAAGGCAGUGGCGUGCCGGGAAAACGCGUCGGCUACAUGCCGCAGGAAAUCGCCCUUUACGGCGAGUUUUCCAUCAAGGAAACCAUGAUGUAUUUCGGGUGGAUUUUCGGCAUGGAAUCCAGUGAGAUUAACGAGAGGCUGCAGUUUUUGCUGAACUUCUUGGAUUUGCCCAGUCAGAAUAGAUUAGUCAAGAAUCUUAGCGGUGGUCAACAGAGAAGGGUGUCGUUUGCAGUGGCGUUAAUGCAUGACCCAGAGCUGCUGAUCUUGGACGAACCGACGGUGGGUGUGGAUCCUUUGCUGAGGCAAAGCAUAUGGAAUCAUCUUGUCCAAAUCACCAAGGAUGGCAAUAAGACCGUCAUCAUUACGACGCACUACAUCGAGGAGGCGAGGCAGGCUCACACGAUUGGCCUUAUGAGAAGUGGGAAACUUCUGGCAGAAGAAUCCCCACACGUACUCCUGUCUAUGUAUGGUUGCCAAUCUCUGGAAGAGGUUUUCUUAAAACUAUCCAGAAAACAGGUUCAAGGAAAAGAAAACGAUGUACCAGUCACAGUGUCGCAACAAACUGAGCAAAAUAUUGCAAACAACAUUAGUUUAGCUUCUUUAAAUUGGGGAAAGAAAGAUUCGAUUUCGGUUACCGAAGAAAGUGGAGUGGUUGGACUGAACUUCCACCAAAGCAAAGAAGUUUUGGUGCAUGAUAGCAAUGGACAUUUGGAUAAGGGGAAACCGUCAUCGUCCCGCAGCAUAACAGACGCGUGCGACGACUGCGGCUCCUGCACCGAAUGGACGACGCGCGGAAAAAUCCGCGCUCUCCUCCAAAAGAACUUCCUCCGCAUGUGGCGUAACGUGGGCGUCAUGCUCUUCAUCUUCGCUCUCCCCGUCAUGCAGGUCAUCCUCUUCUGCCUGGCCAUCGGCGGCGACCCCAAGGGCCUCAAACUGGCCAUCGUCAACCACGAAGUCCCGUACACGAACCAAACCUACCAACACUGCGAUUUCUUCAGGAACUGUUCUCUAACGCACAUGAGUUGUCGAUAUCUGGACGCACUGAAUACGAGCACUAUGGUGAAGGAGUACUAUCGAGACCCCAUGAUGGCCAAAGAAGCCGUUAGAAGAGGAGAUGCCUGGGGGGCUUUGUACUUUACCGAAAAUUUCACUGAUGCCUUGGUUGCUCGAAUGGCCUUGGGAAAAGAUACUGACGAAGAAACGCUGGACCAAAGUGAAAUACGAGUCUGGUUGGACAUGUCGAAUCAACAGAUUGGCGUCAUUCUGCAAAGGGAUCUGCAAUUAGGUUAUCAAAAUUUCACUAAAGACUUGCUUAACUCUUGCGGAAACAAUCCGGACCUUGCCGAGAUACCUAUAUCGUUCAAAGAGCCCAUCUAUGGAACCAAUCAGCCUUCGUUCACGAAUUUCGUGGCACCUGGUAUUAUUCUAACGAUCGUUUUCUUCUUGGCAGUGGCCUUGACGUCUUCAGCUCUGAUUAUCGAAAGGAUGGAAGGAUUACUAGACAGAUCAUGGGUAGCAGGUGUAUCGCCAGGAGAAAUUCUCUUCUCCCACGUGGUAACCCAAUUCGUGGUAAUGUGCGGUCAAACAGCAUUAGUCCUGAUAUUCAUGAUCCUUGUUUUUAACGUGGAAAACAAAGGCGACUUGAUCCUCGUUAUAAUCCUGACAAUCCUUCAAGGUCUCUGCGGGAUGUGUUUCGGUUUCGUGAUAUCGGCGAUUUGCGAGUUGGAGCGAAACGCAAUUCAAAUGGCGCUGGGUAGUUUUUACCCCACUUUGUUGUUGAGCGGUAUUAUUUGGCCGAUUGAAGGAAUGCCCAUGGUUCUUAGAGCGAUCGCCACGUUCUUGCCUUUGACGUUAGCCACGUCAUCUCUAAGAGCUAUGAUGACGAGAGGGUGGCCUAUAACCCAACCGAUUGUUUAUUAUGGUUUUCUUUCCACAAUCGCUUGGAUUGCAUUAUUCUUGACGAUAAGUUUGUGCGUCUUAAAGUUUAAAAGGGGUUGAUUUUACUUUGGGGGUUUAUGCACGAAAUUGUUCACCAGUUUAAAUUAGUUAUUUAUAAAACUUGCCGCAUUUUGUAUAUCAUUAUUUGUUUAGUUUUAAGGUUAACUUUAUACUUUUAUAUGUCUCAUUAGCAACAAAUAAAAAAUCUGACCUAGGAGAGACUGGAAGACAAGUCAACAGGAAAACAUUUUUCCGUUAAAAAGAAGAACUAGUGAUAAGCAUAUUUUAUUGAAAGCAAAUCUUUAACCUUCCAUUGCUCAUCACUACAAAAAACUGUCUUAUUAUUAUUUUUAGAGACAUACACUUCAGUGCUCAAAUUAUUAUUUUUUAUUGUUAAUAGUUGGUUUAGUGAUGUAUGUUUUGUUAUUAUUAUUAUUAUUAGUAGAUUAGAAAUAAAACAACCAUAAAACCGACUUAAUUUCUUUAUUUUAUUUUUACUACUACUAACAAAGACCUGCACUUUGCCUUUGCACUAAGCGAAUACUAAUUUUGGAAAUGGAAUGUAAAUAAAAGUUUGUUCUAUUUUCUUCUGUGAUCUGUUACACUAAAUUAAUUGGGAAAUUUUCUCACAACCUUUGUGGGAAGAUUUCCACGAGUGAUCAACAACUCUCAUGUCAUGAUUUUUCUGGAGAAUAUGGUCAACUAUUAAUUUUUCUCUGGACUUAAACAUGCCUUGAAAGUUGUUUAUCACUCAAAAACUUCACACACAGUGUUACGUGUUAUCUAAGGUUUGUAGC